GCGUGUUUUACUUCCGGGUACCACAGCAACGACACCGGAAGCCGGAAGUGGGGAUUUCAGCGGCCGGAGAAGGGAAGAGCUACCGCGGAGUCGGGACUUGCUUGGAGUGACGGGCUCGAGGGGCGCUCGCGACCCGCUGCUCCCGCCCUUCUCACGUCGGAUCGAUUCUGCUGACAGGUGUGGCCCUCUUCCCCGAAGACAGGAAGACAGGGUACCAUCGGUGGGCGUUCCGCCGCCUCCUAGAUUCCCCCGGACGUCCAGGCUUCCUACUCCUGUUGGGCCCAGGUCCGUUUCUGCCGCCCGCUGCUAGGGCACUGGCCCAGGCGGGGCCGAUGCUGGACCCAGAUUACUUUGGCGGCGAGCUUGACUGUUCCGCUUGUCCCUCCUCCGCGGCCGCGGAGUUUGACCACGCCCCUAGUUCGUGGAUGAUUCUUCUAGUUCGGAGACAUUUUCUGUUCAUCAAACUUGACUGCAUUUGAGGUUGUUAAAUUCUUUAAUAAGGUCCCAAUACAGUUUGGCAGCUAUCUUACCUCCACGUGCCUCCGUUUGCUCACUUUGCAAAAACGAUUAAUGUCUACCCGACCUCAUACCAUGGGAAUCUGCACAGGUCCCGUGUGACGCUCCUGCUGCCUUUCUCUUCCAAACCUUGACUUGUUGAAUGAGCAGGCCCCCCUGGAAGAGUCCGCUGUGUGAGAUGGUGCAGCCCAGCGGUGGCCCGGCUGGGGACCAGGACAUGGGUGAAGAGUCUUCUCUGGGGAAGCCGGCCAUGCUCCACCUGCCUUCGGAGCAGGGUGCUCCUGAGACCUUCCAGCGCUGCCUGGAGGAGAAUCAAGAGCUCCGAGAUGCCAUCCGGCAGAGCAACCAGAUGCUGCGGGAGUGCUGCGAGGAGCUGCAGCGUUUCCAGGGCAGCCAGAGGGAGGAGAAGGAGUUCCUCAUGCAGAAGUUCCAGGAGGCCAGGAAACUGGUGGAGAGACUGAACCUGGAGAAGCUGGACCUGAAGAGGCAGCGGGAGCAGGCCCUGCAGGAGGUGGAGCACCUGAAGAGAUGCCAGCAGCAGAUGGCUGAGGACAAGGCCUCGGUGAAAGCCCAGGUGACGUCCUUGCUGGGGGAGCUCCAGGAGAGCCAGAGUCGCUUGGAGGCUGCCACCAAGGAUCGGCAGGCUUUGGAAGCCAGGGCCCGGGCAGCCAUUGAGCAGGCCCGGCAGCUGGAGAGCGAGCGGGAGGCGCUGCAGCAGCAGCACAGCGUGCAGGUGGACCAGCUGCGCAUGCAGAACCAGAGCAUGGAGGCUGCUCUGCGCAAGGAGCGCCAGGUUGCCUCGGAGGAGAAGCGGAAGCUGGCGCAGCUCCAGGCAGCCUAUCACCAGCUCUUCCAAGAUUAUGACAACCGUAUGAAGAGCAGCCCAGGGAGCAAUGAGCGAAACCGAGGAAUGCAGCUGGAAGAUCUCAAGCAGCAGCUCCAGCAGGCCGAGGAGGCCCUGGUGGCUAAGCAGGAAUUGAUUGAUAAGCUGAAGGAAGAGGCUGAGCAGCACAAGAUUGUGAUGGAGACCGUUCCGGUGCUCAAGGCCCAGGCGGAUAUCUACGAGGCUGAUUUCCAGGCUGAGCGGCAGGCCCGGGAGAAGCUGGCCGAGAAGAAGGAGCUGCUGCAGGAGCAGCUGGAGCAGCUGCAGCGGGAGUACAGCAGGUUGAAGGUCAGCUGUCAGGAGUCGGCCAGGAUUGAAGAUAUGAGGAAGCGGCAUGUAGAGGUUGCCCAGCCCCCUGCCCAAGCUCACCAGUCCUUUCACCCCGCGUUCAUCCAGAGAACGCUCCCCGAGGAGCCACCUGACUUCUGUUGCCCCAAGUGCCAGUAUCAGGCUCCUGACAUGGACACCCUGCAGAUCCACGUCAUGGAGUGCAUUCAGUAGAGCCGCCUGCCGGCGACCAGCCCAGGACAGUGCAAUCUCCGCUUCCCUCUCCCGCCUGCCUCGUUCCAGGCGAGGUGACGAAGAGCAGGCUGCUUCUUUGAGCGCCACGAGCUAGCUGCAGGGACUUCCGCUUCAGCUUCCCCGGCUGCUGGUUUGCCUCUUUUAGGGCCCACGGGGUCCCAGCCAGUCCUGAUGCUGUGCUCUUUUUGUCCGUUCUGUCUGCUUGAACCACUUGCCUCUUGGGCUCCCUCUUCCACCUCCAUUGGGGAAGUCAGGAAUCAAGGUCAAGGCUCUCAGAGAGGACUGCUUCCCAGCCUGAGAUGGGAGGGAGCCCUUCCUUCUGGCCCAGCUCCUGCGCAUGCGCUGCGGGCACAGUCCUGGGCUGUGUGCUCUUCCGCUGGGAGGCUGCACCACGGCAUUUGCCUUGUUGCCAGUCUUUUUAUUGUCAUAAAUAAUGCCACAGUGAAAAUGCAUUGGGUCAACCUUGUGUGUCUUUGGGUCAGAUUCUUAGAAGCGGCCACACUGAGCAUCUGCAAACAGGGUAGAUGGUGCCGGUGCCCCCCAGUGUGGUUUCCUGCUCUCCCCUCGUUCCCCAGAGCCUUGCCCUGGUGAGGGGUGUCAACCGGUGGGCUUUUGCCAUCAUGUAGUUUUCAUUAAGAGUGAGCGUGAGCGUCUUUCAGAGCUUCGGGGUCCUUUUCAAUUCUGGUGUGAAUGGCUUGUUUGUAUCUGUUGACCAGUUUGCUCUUGGGUUGUUAGUCUUCUGUUCCUCGCUUUGUAGGAGCGCUUUGGUCAUUAGUGGGGUCAGCUCUUCCGUGUGGUGGAAGUUGCAGUGAUCUUUUCCCACCGUGACUUGGUACUAGCGUGGUUUGGACUUGAAGUUUGUUAUCUUUGUGUAGUGACGUUUACCCACCCUUCCUCCACUGCUUUGGGUUUGGAGUUGUGGCCACCUCAUGGUCUGAUGGGGUGCAGGGGGGGAUGCUUCUCCCAAGUACACUUUUUAAAAAAUAUAUAUAUUUUUUAUUGAUUUUAGGAAGGAAGGGAGAAGGAGAGAGAUAGAAACAUCAAUGAUGAGAGAGAAUCAUCGACUGGCUGCCUCCUGCACGCCCCACACUGGAGAUUAAGCCUGCAACCCGGGCAUGUGCCCUGACCGGGAAUCGAACUGUGACCUCUUGGUUCAUAGGUUGACGCUCAACCACUGAGCCACAUUGGCCAGGCAACCACUGCUCUUUUGAACCUUCCCUUUUGCCUGCUUCCUUCUGUAGGGGCCAACUCUGCAUUCUACACCAGAGAUUUUGAACCAGGUUGUUUGCCCAGAAGAGGGAUUCUUCUUUCUUCUUUCUGGUUUUACUCUGGUUGAGCUUCCAGAACAAGUGGUGGGAUUCUUCCGGUGAGGGAAGUAGCUUGCCUGCCUUCUUAGCUGUGGCCCCUUGGUUCUCAUGAGCCUGGCUUUGGGAAGUAGAUAGAUAGCUAGAAGCACAUCCUGCCGGAACCUAUGUUGUUCCCUGUUGCUCACACACCUGCUGCUCGAUGCUUUAAGAAAAAUCCAGAUGGCCAGUUAGCACAAUAGGAAAGCGUUUCUCUUUCACCAGUAACUAAAACAACACAGACUCCAACUGAACAGAAAGUAAUUUCAAAAGUGCAACAAAUGAUGUCUGCGGCCCUGCUGGCAAGGUGCAGGGGACAGGCCUGUGGUGCCACUCCUGGGUGGACCGGUUUGGCAGAAUGGACAUUCUCAGCCUGUUUAACUGUAAGAGAUAGUCAGGUACUGUGACUCUGACAUUGCAGACAUGCUCACUGCACCAUCAUUGAAAAUUUAAAAAAAAUAUUGAUUUCAGAGAGGAAGGGAGAGGGAGAGAGAUAGAAACAUCAAUGAUGAGAGAUAAUCAUUGAUUGGCUGCCUCCUGCACGCCCCACACUGAGGGUUGAGCCCGCAACCUGACUGGGAAUCAAAUCUUGACCUCCUGGUUCAUAGGUUGACGCUCAACCACUGAGCCACGCUGGCCGGGCUGCGUCAUCAUUUGUAGCUGCCAAAAGUUGUGGUGAAAGAGGAGGCUACACUCUGGACCACAUGGGCCCACACAGCCAGGGUUGUGAACAUCUUGCAGUGUGGAACCCGCUCUGCAGCAGGUUGGUGUGAAAAGGCCAGUAGACAAAAUUAUGUAUAAGGUGUGACCCCAAUAAAACAGUAACAGCUGCAGAUGCACACCCUGCAACCAUUUGGGUGGGAAAAUGGUAUUGUCAUUGUCUUUUGAACAAGAACGAGGCCCUUUCUCUUAAGGCCACAAACUGCAGUAUUUAUGCAUGAAAUUAUAUGAUGCUUUGUUAAGUGAGCUGUGAGAACAUUACAAUUUUUCUAUAUAAAUGUUUGCAUAACAUUAGGAAUAGCUGCUCUUUGAAUGCUUGGUAAAACGGCUUAGAUCUAAUGGAUUUCAUGUGGGUGAGGGUAGAUUUUAAACCACUGAUUCAAUUUCCUCGAAACUGAAUUUAGUUGUACUCAGGUGUUUUGUUUCAUGAGUAAGUUAUAUUUUCUUAGCACAAUGUUCAGUUAAUCACUUUUCAGAUUUACUGCAAUAAAUUUAUCCUAUCAUUUAAAAAUC